GGGCGAUUCGGCUUCAGGCCUGAGGCACGAUUCGCAGAUUUCGCUCGUCCGGCCGGACGGCUUUGACUUCGACUUCGACACGCUUCAAAUGCACGGGAAUUGCUGUUCGACUUCGCCGAGCGAGCAGCUUGCACACAUUUCACUGCUCGUACUGAUUCCUCAGCACCGGACGCUCGGAGCCUUGUCGCGUUCGUCGUAUCGAUGGAUCCGGCUGGAACAGCAGAGAAGGCUACAGCGUAAGAGCAAGGACAGGCAGCGGCCGGAUGCUGGUCUCCUGAACAAAGUCCGUCGCCGUUUGCACGCAAGGACGCGUCCGCAGAGCACCAAAGGAGAUGCAGGAACACACAAUUGCCCGCCAGCAGCGAUGCCUACGAUAGAAGUUGAAGCCUGGGGCGUUAUGUCCGGACUCGCGGUAGGCAAACUUGUUCGGCGGGACAAUUUUUCGCCGAGACAGAGCAUGGAUCUUGCGACAGUGAUACAAUGACGACUACGACACAACAUGUUCAAAAGAGGUACCUUGAGCUGUCAAGACGCAUGCCUCGUCCUCAUCCAUACUCUCUUUUCCUUCACAUCAUCGUGUUCUUGACGCGGGUCUAAUCGCGGUUGCCACUCCACACUCCAAACCAUGUCUGACACUAAAACAUCUCGCGCCUGGCAGUUCAGCAGCACCAAAGGUGGCCUGGAGAAGAAUCUAAAGCUUAAUGCCGAUGUACCACUUCCACGACGCAAGCCCGAUCAACACUUAGUUCAGGUCCUCGCUGCGGCACUCAAUCCGGUCGACUACAAGGCGCCUGAAGUACCAGGCUUCACCACCUUAGCUCUCAAGACCCCGGCUACACCUUCAGUGGACUUCGCUGGACGUAUCAUAGAGCCGGCAGAUGGGUCAACGUUCAAGCCAGGUCAGCUCGUCUUCGGUGGCGCUGGUGCUGGAGGCAUUGUAGGCGGCGCCUUAGGCGAACACACCGUUGCUAUGGAUUCGCGUGUAGCAGCGUUACCUGAAGGCGUGUCACCAGUCGCUGGUGCCUCAGCGACCAUCUGUGGCAUCACCGCUUAUCAAUCGAUCAUACCCUACGUCAAGACAGGCAGCAGUAUCUUCAUCAAUGGUGGCAGUGGCGGUACGGGCGUCUUCGGGAUUCAAAUUGCAAAAGCUGGUGGUGCUUAUGUCACUACCACUUGCUCAACCGCCAACGUUGAUCUGUGCAAGAGUCUUGGAGCCGACGAAGUCAUUGACUACAAGCAAUCCAACAUCCUGCAGACUCUCAUCUCGAACGGGCGAAAGUACGACCAUGUAGUCGACAAUGUCGGCUCAAGCCCAGAGCUGUUCUAUAAAGCGCAUCAGUACACCAAUCCAGGAGCGGUAUACGUUAUGGUGGGAGCGCCAAUCGCAUUCAAAACCUUUUGGCACAUGAUCGCAAUGAGACUUUGGCCUGGCUUUCUCGGUGGGGGCCAACGAAAGAUUACCACGCUCAUGGCAGACAUCAACUCGAACGACCUUGCGGCCAUAGGCAAAUGGAUGCAAGAUGGCCAGAUCAAGCCUGUCAUUGACGAGAAGUUUAAGUUUGAGGAUGCGCCGAAAGCUUUUGAGAAGUUGAAGACUGGGAGGGCGAAGGGCAAGAUCGUGGUCGAAGUUUCUGGUGAGGCUUUCACGAGCACAUGAGCGAAUUCAGGCUGGCCGUCUACUACCAUCCGGUACUCUGGAUUUGGGCUACUGCAAUGAGCGUAGCAUCGUCUGAGGUGCUCUGACUGGACUAGGCGUCACGAGGCCCGUGAAGUCUCCCCAUGUCGAGAAAUGUUAUAGUGAUUGGGAAGCACACUUAGAGCAUAGUCGAAGAGUACGAUAUGCUGCCCGCCAUCCUUGGUCCUGCGCAUCUGCCAUCGGAUUUCCAGGCCAACAUGAUGACGAGGCCGGUUAUGAUGCUGGUGGGAAGACAUCAAGGAAGAGGUUCUGAAUUGCAAUGGCGACCAUAAGCGCUCAAGGCAGCGACGACUGCCCUUACUGCUACGCAGAUACAUGUAGCAGGACAGUAGGAGUAGGAGAGCUCGUCAUCAAGCCUGAGGCACACAUUUCCCAACAUUACAUGGUCGUAUAAAUGUAGUCUCCUCUCGCUGUCCAUACUUUGCAAGUUCUGUGCAUCGCCAC